AUGGCAACAGGAGGUGGUCCCUUUGAGGAACACAUGAAUGAUCAAGACUUGCCUAGCUGGAGCAAUGAGAGCCUUGAUGACCGGUUGAACAACACGGACUGGGGAAGUCAACAGAAGAAAGCAAACCGAUCUUCAGAAAAAAACAAGAAGAAGCUUGGUGGGGAAGCUGAAACGAGGCUUACUAAUGAUAUAUCUCCAGAGUCUUCACCUGGAAUGGGACGACGGAAGGCCAGAACUCCUCAUAGUUUUCCUCACACUCGAUACAUGACCCAGAUGUCUGUUCCAGAGCAGGCUGAACUAGAAAGGCUGAAACUAAGAAUAAAUUUCAGUGAUUUGGAUCAGAGGAGCAUUGGAAGUGAUUCUCAAGGCAGGGCAACGGCUGCUAACAACAAACGUCAACUUAAUGAAAACAAAAAACCAUUCAACUUCCUGUCACUGCAGAUAAACACUAACAAAAGCAAAGAUCCUGCCUCAGGUUCCCAGAAAAAGGAAAGUGGGGUAUCAGUGCAAUGUAAAGAGUUGUUUGGAGCUGCUCUAAGCAAGGAUUUCUUGCAAAAUUGUCAAGUCUCUGCUCAAGAAGAUGGAAGGGGAGAAUCAGCUAUGGAUAGUAGCCAGAUUGUGAGCAGACUAGUUCAAAUUCGCGACUAUAUUGCUAAGGCCAGCUCCAUGCGGGAUGAUCUGGUAGAGAAAAAUGAAAGAUCGGCCAAUGUUGAGCGUUUGUCACACCUUAUAGAUCACCUUAAAGAGCAGGAGAAAUCCUAUCUGAAAUUUUUGCAAAAGAUGCUUGCCAGAGAUCCUCAACAGGAAGCUAAAGAGGAGUUGGAGAACUUGAAGAAGCAGUAUGAUUUAUUGAAAAGGAUGCUACAACAGCAGGAGCAAUUGAAGGCUCUUCAAGGAAGACAGGCAGCUCUUCUUGCUUUGCAGCAUAAAGCAGAGCAAGCAAUUGCUGUCAUGGAUGAUUCUGUUGUAACAGAGACUACAGGUAGUGUUUCAGGAGUUAGCCUUACAUCAGAACUGAAUGAAGAAUUGAAUGACUUAAUUCAGCGCUUUCACAACCAGCUUCAUGAUUCUCAGACACAGUCUGUGCCAGACAAUAGAAGGCAAGCAGAAAGUCUUUCACUUACGAGGGAGAUUUCACAAAGCAGAAACUCUUCAGUGUCUGAGCACCUGUCAGAUGAGAAGGCGCAGCUUUUUAACAAGAUGCGAAUGUUGCAGGGUAAAAAGCAAAAAAUGGACAAACUGUUAGGAGAGCUUCAUACGCUUCAUGACCAACAUCUAAAUAACUCCUCAU